AUGCAUCUAAUCCCUAAUAUAACAGAUGCAGAAGUACAUAUACCCGGGUAUGCUGUAUUUCAUACAGACAGAAGAGAAAGAAGUCACAGUGUAGUUGCUAUGUACAUCCGUGAAGAUGUCACACCUCUUGUAUUACUGUCACUUUCAAACUCAAAACAACCACAAUACAAUAUAGUGGGCCAAUGGAAUGGCUCACUAACUACAGACCCAGAGGGGAUAAGUGAGGUACUCAGUAAACAAUUUAAAAGUGUCUUCACUCCCUGCCCCCUGGACACAUGCAGAUUAAAAAACCCAGCUGAAUUCUUUAAUAUUGCAGCUCUAAAAUGGGAGGGGCCAAUCAUUGAUUACAUCAACAUUGAGGAGACAGAUAUAACAGCAUCCAUAGAUGAAAUUAGUUCAAGUUCUGUAACUGGUUCUAAUGGCUUCCCAGCUAUUCUCCUGAAUUUAUGUAAGCAGGCUUUAAUGAAACCACUUCAGAUACUUUUCCAAAGUUUCCUUGCAAAUGGUAAACUUCCUAAAAAGCUAAAAGAAGGCAUUAUAUGCCCUAUCCACAAAGGUGGAAGCAGAGCAGAGGCCCAAAACUACAGGCCAAUCUCUCUGGCUUCACAUAUCAGUAAAGUCAUGGAGUGCACCAUCAGAAAGAAGGUGAUAAUGUUUUUAGAAGAAAAUGACUUACUGAACAAUACACAGCAUGGCUUUCAUCCAGAAAGAACCUGCUUCACACAGCUCCAACAGCACUAUGAUGGGGUUUUGAAACAGCAGCUUGACCAUUAA